UGUUUAUCAAGCAUCACCAAUCGUUCCAUUAUGAACAGUGCCUGCCUCGCGCAAGAACAAGUGCGCGUUCCCCCGGAAUCUCACGCAGACUGCGCGCAGAUAUUAUGUAGUGAUGGAAAACGCUAUGCUUUCAUAAAAGAACCAUGAACGCGACCGUUGAGGCUGUAGCCUUCUUUGGUUUUAUUUCCUGGGUGUUGGCAGGGGUUUCAAUACAAAAUCGAUAUUGGAAAUAUUCAGACGAUGGAGCAGCUAUUAUAACAUCAACUAUAUAUGAAAAUCUAUGGAUGUCCUGCGCAACCGACUCGCUUGGAGUUCACGAUUGCCGCGAAUUUCCCUCACUGCUUGCUCUGUCUGGCUACAUCCAGGCAUGCCGGGCUCUGAUGAUUGCUGCAAUUGUGAUUGGGCUGUUUGGUAUCCUGGCUACUCUGGUGGGGAUGCAGUGCUCCAAAAUAGGAGGAGAGAACUACAUUCUGAAGGGGAAGAUCGCUGGGAUCGGGGGAGUGUUGUUCCUUCUCCAGGGUAUUUGUACCAUGAUCGCUGUGUCUUGGUAUGCUUCCAACAUUGUGCAGGAUUUCUUUAACCCGUUUUACCAAGGAACAAAGUUUGAGAUUGGAGAUGGCCUUUUCAUUGGCUGGUUCUCAGGCUUAUUCGCCAUCUGUGCAGGUUCCUGCCUGACAUGUGCAUGCAGGUUUGGGACCAAUGAGGAUAAAGUGCAUUACCCACACCAGCCUCCGACCAGAGGGACAGUUUAUUCUGCUGCACCAGGAUCUCAUCCCUCAGCACUCAUCCCCAGCCAAUAUGGGAGGAAUGCUUAUGUCUGAUAGAAUAUUAGAACAACAGCAACUCACAGGGAUUAAGGGUCAAGAAAGGGUUAUUCAAAUUCAGAAUGACAAUUGAGUUUUAGCAGUGAAAAAUGGCAUAGAUAGUAUAGAAUAUAUGGUUUUUGGAAUGUACCCCUAUUCUCAUCCUCAUCUUAACUGUUUCAAAAUUGGACCAACUUCAUGUUUAGACAAACAAGUGAACAAUGACUCACAUUUUUUAACCACAGAAAUUUGUUUCAGAGAUAGCAUUAACAAACAAGUCAUGCUUUUGAUAUUGUAUCUUUGUAUGUACAAUGCCUGAGAAACACUGUAGCUGUUAAAAGCUGUUUGAUUGUAAAUUUAGAAGUAUAUUGAAUUUUGGCAAAAGUAAUGUAGAUUUUUGUAUCUAAGCUUAUUUUGUAUAAAUAUUGGGGCAUUUAAAACAGGAAAACAGGCCAAUAGUGAGAACAAUCAUUAGCUUUUCAUCAAAUGAAGAACACCGUUUAUUCCUAGAAGAUGGAAAUCAUGCUGCAAAAAGGUGGUUUGUGUGCUCUCACAAAUGAUUUGGCACCCUCAAGUGGUAAAAGGGUAAUACUCAAACAAUGCUUAAACUAAUGCUCAACCGAUUAGUUGACAGUGCAAUAUUGCUGAUAUAUUGUCUCUUUUUUCUAAGCUGGCAAAAUGUAUGAGUUUAAAUUACUGGUUUUGAUUGAAACGGCUUUAAUAUACAUUAGACAAAACAAAUACUUUAUUUAUUGUGAAGGAAAAAAGUAAUUAUUACAGUAAUUAUUAUAUUUAGAUGCAUAUACACUCACCUAAAGGAUUAUUAGGAACACCAUACUAAUACUGUG